GACUGAGAGAAGAAGGCGUGGUUUAACCAUGCCCUGUUAACUAAGGUGCGGUGCAGCAAGGUACACAUAUGUUGAAAUCAGCUACUCUCCUGCAGAGGCAUUGACAGAGGAACUGUAAGGUGUCCCCGUGUCUUGUUUGCUUUUACCCACCAUGGCUGCCCCCCAACCUGGCUUGUCAGGGUCUUACCUGGAACCACAGAUGGGGCCGACCCCCGUCUCUGACUCGGAUUCGGAUUCAGACGGCCCAGUUUCCAGCAAUGCCAGGCCUGAUGCCAGCUCCCUAUCUGAAUGCCAAGUGAUCCACAGCGGACACUUCAUGGUGUCCUCUCCACACAGUGACUCAGUGCCCCGUCGACGCCACCACCGGGCUGAACCGGAGACCCCCGAUCCCCGAAGCAUCGAUCCCACCAUCACUCGACUCUUUGAGUGUAUGAGUUUGGCGUACAGUGAUAAUCUGGUAUCCCCCAAGUGGAAAAAUUUCAAAGGCCUGCGCCUGCUCUGCCGGGACAAAAUCCGUCUCAACAAUGCCAUUUGGAGAGCCUGGUACAUCCAAUAUGUGGAACGCCGGAAGAGCCCCGUGUGUGGAUUUGUCACUCCUCUGGAUGGCUCAGAUGAGCAUAGGAAGCCAGAAGCUGUAGUGCUUGAGGGGAACUAUUGGAAGAGACGGAUUGAGGUCGUGAUGAAGGAGUAUCACAAGUGGCGCAUCUACUACAAGAAGCGGCUCCGCAAGUCCAGCCGAGACUGGGAGGCUCCCAGCCCGAAGCAGGAUGACGGGACCUGGAAGCCGCUGGAAAACUGGUGUGACCAGCUCUUCUCUAACGUGGUCCCCAUGCUGCUAAGGGACAAGGAAGAGGAGCCUGAGGGGAGGCAGCUCUUCGAUCUGGACUGCUUCCUCUCAGACAUCUCCGACACCCUCUUCACCAUGACCCAGGCCCCCUGUCCUCCUCAGCCAUUAGCGGAAGAAGCCUACAUUGGCAAUGCUGACAUGAUCCAGCCAGACCUGGCCCCGCUACAGCCAAAUCUUGAUGAUUUCAUGGAGAUCUCUGAUUUCUUCUCCAGUCCGCGUUCUCUAUCGGCACAUCCGUCCCUGAACUACCAGGAGCAGCCUUGCUUUGUGCCUGCACCGGAGACCCUGUACAGUGGUGGCAGCGACCUGCUGCCCAGUCCAGCUGAAACGCUGCUCACCCAGGGCCCUGCUGCUUCACCAAUCCUGCCCAGCACCCGCCUCCAGCCUGCAGGUGCCUGCUCAGCUCAGCUGGAUCUGCCCAGCCCCUUCCUCAGUCCUGACCUCCCCCCAAAUCCUCCACCUUCAACCCCUCCCAGUGGCCUUGGCCCUGACCUGAAGCAGAAACCUGUCUUGCCCUACGCCUUUCCUGGAAAGUGGCUGAGCCCAGACCCCUAUGGGUCUUUCUGCCCCACCCUGCCCCCUCUGCCAAGUACCCCACUACUGAGUCAGGACCCAACAUGCCCGUCUCCCUCGGCGCCUUGCCCCAAAUUCCACUACCCACCGUCUACAUUGCAUUCCACACCAUGUUUCCCCCCAAACGUAUCAGUGCCAGGCUAUGGUAUAGAUCUGCCUUCAGCGUACCAUGCUCCUUUUGGUGCCCUGCAUGUGCAGGCUGGCAUUGCGAGUAGCCCCAUGUUUGGCACUCCCAGAGGGCAGACGCAAUCUGGGAAUAGCAGGCCCAAAGCGAAGGUCAUCAACUCCAAGAGCAAGAGACCCACAGGACUCCCCGUGCCUCCAGCAGCCCCCAACCCUUGUCUGACACAACUGCUGACCACAGCUAAACCAGAGCCAAACCUGGAAGCUGUGCCUGAUCCCGCUCACACCUUCACCCACACGGUGCCAGAAUCCCUGCAAAGUACUGUUUGUGACGGACCUGUCUGCUUCCUGCCCAGAAUGAACCAAAUCAGCCCCCGACUCUCACCCGUCUCCAACAACUCACAACCCAUUCCAAUCACGCCGUCGCCGCCAGGACCACUAUUGGUCCCCAAGACAGAAAGGCUUUCACCCACGCCAGUCUGUGGCAGCAACCGGAGGAUGUCGGGGCAGGGUUCCCCAGUGACCGUUGAGGGACUGAGUAUCAGGAUUUCCCCCCCUCUUUACUCAUCUCCCCGGAGCAGGCCAGAACCAAGCAAGUUCCAGACCAGACAAGAUGCUGGAAGUUCCGUGUCCAGGUACACAGAGUCCCAACCCAGACUGGAACCAUGGCAUGAGAGCAAGGAGAGUCAAGCCUCCCCUCCCCAGAGCAGUUUUGCUGAUCACAGAUGGCCCUGGGAAACUGCUAUUUGCCCAGGUGCCACCGUUAACAAGGCCCUGUCUUGUACAGAGAGCCGCCGGAUCACCCACAUCUCUGCCGAGCAGAAGCGCCGUUUCAACAUUAAGCUUGGUUUUGAUACGCUGCAUGGCCUAGUCAGCACUUUGAGUGCCCAACCCAGUCUCAAGGUCAGCAAAGCCACCACCCUGCAGAAGACCGCAGAAUACAUUGGCAAGCUGCAACAGGAGCGAGCUGCUCUGCAGGAAGAGGCACAGCGCCUGCGGGAUCAGAUCGGAGAGCUGAAUGCCGCUAUCAACUUGUGCCAGCAGCAAUUGCCUGCCACGGGAGUGCCCAUCACCCGCCAGCGCUUCGACCAGAUGCGAAACAUGUUUGACCAGUAUGUGCGCUCGUGUACUUUGCAGAACUGGAAGUUCUGGGUUUUCAGCAUCAUCAUGAGACCCCUCUUUGAGUCCUUCAAUGGGAUGGUCUCCACCACCAGCAUGGAGAGUCUCAGCCAGACAUCCCUGGCCUGGCUGGAGCAGUACUGCUCUCUCCCAGCUCUCCGGCCAACUGUCCUGAGCUCCCUCCGCCAGCUGAGUGUCUCCACUUCAAUUCUGAGCAACCCGGCAAGCAUCCCUGAACAGGCGACCCAGGCAGUGACGGGCACGGUCCCCAACCACAGCUCCUCCUAAUCCAAAGGAUGAGACAUGAGUGGGGGGGGGCACAGGGGGGCAGUGGCUACAGCAAGACAGAGCUUCACCCCUGCAGAAGAACGGCUUGCACAGAGUGGAUGCCUGGAAGCAUUGCAUACCUUGCUGGGUGCGCCAGCUGUUUGCUUGGAAGGGAUCCCCCACAGCAGUUGCUUCAUUCUGAGUUCUUUUGACCUGCCUUGCUCCCAGCUUCCUGGGAAUCACCAUGCAUGGCCAGGGGAGUGGGUGGGAAACACAGCUGGCCCCUUCUCCUCUCACUGACAUCUUUUAUAUAACCCUUCCUGUGACUUCACAAAGGGGCUUAGCUUUGGGGGUUAUGCCUUUUUGGAAUAUCCUUGGCUUGCCCCCUGUUUCCUGAGAUCAAGGCAGAGCCAGUGGGGUUAGCAUGUUCUCGUUCACCAGAGAAUCUUGCCUGCCUUCAGCCAGAGCUGUGCCAAGAUUUCUGUUUUGUGCUUUAACCCACAUUUCGAAAGUAUUAUAGGAGGUGAAGCCAGCUCCUCUGCCAAAAGAACAGUCUAUGUGUUGCCUUAGCCCUGUCAUCAUAUUAGAACUGUCACAGCAGCUAACCUAGAAAAAGAACUGGGGCGGGGGGGGGGGGCGGGGGAUCCCCUGUGUACCAUAAUCUUACUCCUGCAGGAUUUGUCUGAAAGAUUACCAGUGCAGGGUGCCCCUCUAAACUUUCUGGGAUGCCUCCGUCUAGUACAGAGAGGAGGCACACCAGCCCAGACUAUUGUUUUGCUCUCCCUAGUUCUCUGAGCAGCAGGAAAUUCCAGGAGCCAAUUUACAAGUUUUGUAAUAAACUAUUUACAAAUGUACUGGCUGAGCAGCUGGAAAAUAAAUACGCGCAUGCCCUGGAACACCAUCUCUCAGAACAACAACAGAUGUCCCUUCUCAGUAAACGUUUCCCAACA